UUUGUUUUUACAGUGUCUUCAUCAUCAUUAGUUCAGGAUUCCUUUUUUAAACCAACCAUUUUUUUUGUAUUGGCAUGACUUAUUCAAACUCAAUUUUUAAUAAUUAAUCAAUUACCUGAGUUCUCAUUUUCAAUGUACCAUUGCUUAUAAUCCGUUAUUUGGAACUUAAAUUUCAGAUAAAGUUAUAGUAAUGUUGACAUGUUGUUUUUUGCUAACCUGUUAGCUUUUACAUCCACUUUGACAUCUAUAAUAAUAUAGAAGCUACAGACAAUCUAUUCAAUUACAUCAUGUGCUAUUUUAGAAGGUUGUAACUUGUGAGUUAUUUUAAUCUUCAACAUGGUUCUUCAAAACUCUGGAAGAUAUCGUCCUGAAAAGGACAGCCAAAACUCUGGAUCAAAAGAAGAAUCCUCGGAAUUCAGAGUACGUCAGGCUAUUGAAAAUAAUGCUGUUGACGAAAAAUAUGGGUUCAAAAGGUUGAAACAUCAUGAAGAAAAAACAGGAUAUCUUAUUAAUAUGCAUACUACUGAAAUACUGAAUGAGGACAAGCGUCUGGUGAGUGCUGUCGACUAUUACUUCAUGGAAGAGAAUGCAAAACGAUUCAAAGUUUCCUAUAUCUUCAAACCAUAUUUCUACGUGCUUGCUAGAAAAGAAUGUAUUAAAGACGUUUCGAUUUUUCUCGCUAAAAAGUAUCCUGGAUUAAUCACAGCCCUUGAAGAAGUAUCCAAGGAAGAUCUAGAUCUGCCAAACCAUUUGAUAGGAUUGAAACAACAGUUUCUCAAAUUAUCGUUUGCAACAGUGAGUGACUUGGUGAAGGUUAGAACGGCGAUCUCCAGUAGCAUUAGGAAGAAUAAGCACAAUGAAGAUAAUGCACAUUAUACUGAGAUGUUGAAAUCGACUUUGCAUGGGAAUGCGGGAAAUUCAGAAACCACAAAGAAACAAACCGAGCAGAUGGAAAACAUUAUUGACAUCAGAGAAUACGAUGUGCCUUAUCAUGUGCGUGUCUCUAUAGAUAGGAAAAUAUUUGUUGGCUCCUGGUACAAUGUGAAAGAUAUGGGCCAAAAUAAGGACAUUGUUAUAACAAAACGGGAGGACCUGAUUGAUCGGCCGGACCUUAUUGUGUUGGCGUUUGAUAUUGAGACCACAAAGUUGCCACUUAAAUUCCCAGACGCGGCAACUGAUCAAAUCAUGAUGAUAUCUUACAUGAUUGAUGGACAGGGAUUUCUCAUCACUAACCGUGAAAUAAUAGCUGCUGAAGUUGAAGACUUUGAGUAUAAUCCCAAGCCAGAAUUCGAAGGAUUCUUUACAAUUUUCAAUGAGCCUGAUGAAGCCGCACUAUUAAGACGAUUUUUCGACCAUAUUCUGGAGGUGCAACCACAUAUUUUUGUGACUUACAACGGCGACUUCUUCGACUGGCCAUUCGUUGAAACGAGAGCUGCCACUUACGACAUGGAUAUGAACACUAUUAUCGGAUUCUCGAAGAGCAGAGAUGGUGUUUAUAGUUGCCGUCCUUGCAUUCAUAUGGAUUGUCUUUGCUGGGUGAAACGCGACUCGUACCUGCCUGUUGGGUCGCACAACCUGAAGGCGGUUGCCAAGGCGAAGUUGCGCUACGACCCGGUCGAGUUGGACCCGGAAGACAUGUGUCGGCUGGCGGCCGAGCAGCCGCAACAGCUGUCAAACUACUCGGUGUCCGAUGCGGUCGCCACCUACUACCUCUACAUGAAAUACGUGCAUCCCUUCAUCUUCGCACUCUGCACUAUCAUUCCUAUGGAGCCUGACGAGGGAAAAGGUUCUGGAACGCUUUGUGAAGCUCUUCUGAUGGUGGAAGCUUUCCACGCGAACAUCAUUUUUCCGAAUAAGCAGAAAACUGAGUUGAACAAAAUGACGCCCGAUGGUCAUAUUCUAGACCAAGAGACUUAUGUUGGAGGACACGUCGAAGCUUUGGAAUCUGGCGUUUUCAGAGCAGAUAUUCCAUGCAGAUUCAAGAUGGUACCUGAAGCGUUCAACAUGUUGAUUGGUAGCAUAGAUAACGCUCUGAAACAUGCCAUUGAAGAAGAAGAGAAAAUACCCCUGGAAACCGUGACAAACUUCGAUGAAAUCGUACAGGAUAUCAAAUCGAAAUUGGAAGAUCUUAGAGACACGCCUUGUAGAAUGGAAAAUCCUGUCAUUUAUCAUCUUGAUGUUGGUGCUAUGUAUCCGAAUAUAAUUCUGACGAAUAGACUGCAGCCUUCAGCCAUGGUGGACGAGACAAUGUGUGCUGCCUGCGAUUUCAACAGACCCGGAGCCACCUGUCAGAGGACAAUGACCUGGAUGUGGCGUGGAGAAGUCAUGCCGGCGUCAAGAAGUGAGUUCCAACGUAUUCAGCAGCAAUUGGAGAUGGAAAAGUUUCCGCCUGCUAUGCCUGGAGGUCCUCCAAGAGCUUUCCAUGAGAUAUCAGACGAAGAGAGAGCCGCAAUUGAGAAGAAGCGACUUGCCGAGUAUUGCCGAAAGGUCUACAAGAAAGCCCACGUUACAAAGAUGGAAGAGCGCCACACGACAAUUUGUCAAAAAGAAAAUUCAUUCUAUGUUGAUACCGUCCGUGCUUUCCGAGACCGUAGAUAUACAUACAAAGGCCUCUGUAAGGUGGCGAAAAAGCAGAUUGCCGAUGCGAUAAAGAUGGGUGAUGCUGCUGAAAUAAAGAUAGCAAAGAACAGGGAAGUUCUUUAUGAUUCACUGCAGUUGGCUCACAAGUGCAUUCUCAACUCAUUCUACGGCUAUGUCAUGAGAAAAGGUGCACGAUGGCAUAGUAUGGAAAUGGCGGGCAUUGUCUGUUAUACAGGAGCUCAUAUUAUCACUAAAGCGAGAGAAAUAAUUGAGCAGGUUGGCCGUCCUCUUGAAUUGGAUACCGAUGGAAUUUGGUGUGUGCUACCUGCUUCUUUUCCUGAAAACUAUGUGGUUGAAUCUACUCACCCAGGAAAAUCAAAAGUUACCAUCUCUUAUCCAAAUGCUGUCUUGAAUUCCAUGGUCAAGGACAAUUUCACAAAUGAUCAAUACCAUGAGCUGGUCGACGGCAGAACUUUGAAGUACGACAGGAGGAGUGAAAACUCUAUAUUCUUUGAAGUCGAUGGUCCCUAUCUUGCUAUGGUACUACCUGCAUCCAAAGAAGAAGGCAAGAGGCUCAAGAAAAGAUAUGCAGUUUUCAAUUUUGACGGGUCCUUGGCUGAGUUGAAAGGAUUUGAAGUAAAAAGACGUGGAGAACUGCAGUUGAUCAAAAAUUUUCAAUCGUCGGUCUUUGAAGCAUUUCUGAAAGGGGAUACACUGGAUAAAUGCUAUGCGGCUGUAGCAAAGGUUGCUGACUAUUGGCUAGAUGUGCUUUACUCCAAGGCAGCAGACAUGCCUGAUACAGAAUUGUUCGAGCUAAUCUCGGAGAACAGGUCGAUGUCGCGUAAACUGGAAGAUUACGGCGCGCAAAAGUCGACGUCCAUCAGUACGGCCAAGCGAUUGGCCGAAUUUCUCGGCGAUCAGAUGGUCAAAGACGCGGGUCUGGCUUGCAAGUUCAUCAUUUCGCGCAAACCGGAAGGCUCACCUGUGACUGAAAGAGCGAUUCCACUGGCUAUUUUCCAAGCAGAACCCAGCGUGAAGCGGUUUUUCCUGCGGAAGUGGUUAAAGGACAACUCUCUGGAUAAUAUUGACAUCAGACAAGUUCUGGACUGGGAUUACUAUAUUGAACGUCUUGGUGGCGCUGUACAGAAAAUUAUAACUAUUCCUGCUGCCAUGCAAGGCUUAUCAAAUCCAGUGCCGAGAGUGAGGCACCCCGACUGGCUACACAAGAAAAUGCUGGAAAAGAAUGACACUCUGAAGCAGCGAAAAAUCAAUGAACUGUUUGUAGCUAAACCAAAGCCUAUCGAAACAAUGGACCAGGAUGAAGAUGAUGAUGAUGAAGAAGUUGAAUGUGGUGACAUUGGAGACAUGGAGGAUAUAGGUGGAGCCGGACAGGCGGGGCAAGCGGGGGUCUCAGCCAAGAAGCCGGUGGCGCAUUCUAAUAAGCGGAAACGCGCAGACUCUGUGUCUCAGCGCAGUGCGGCGCCUCUUACCUGGCAGGAGGCCCUGGGGUCUGCCCCUGCCUUUGGAAGCACCUUGGAAGUUGAAUGUGGUGACAUUGGAGACAUGGAGGAUAUAGGUGGAGCCGGACAGGCGGGGCAAGCGGGGGUCUCAGCCAAGAAGCCGGUGGCGCAUUCUAAUAAGCGGAAACGCGCAGACUCUGUGUCUCAGCGCAGUGCGGCGCCUCUUACCUGGCAGGAGGCCCUGGGGUCUGCCCCUGCCUUUGGAAGCACCUUGGAAGUUGAAUGUGGUGACAUUGGAGACAUGGAGGAUAUAGGUGGAGCCGGACAGGCGGGGCAAGCGGGGGUCUCAGCCAAGAAGCCGGUGGCGCAUUCUAAUAAGCGGAAACGCGCAGACUCUGUGUCUCAGCGCAGUGCGGCGCCUCUUACCUGGCAGGAGGCCCUGGGGUCUGCCCCUGCCUUUGGAAGCACCUUGAAAGAACAGCGCGCUUGGCUUGCGUUCCAUAAGAAGAAAUGGGCGUGGCAAAAGGACAACAUGAGACUGGGUGACUCAGAUGCGCCCGACAAGAGGUUCCGGUUGGAUGGCAGUAAGCAGAUGGCUGCUACUGUGGGAGCAGGCACCCGCCAGCCCACUGGCACCAUUGGCAGCUUCCUCAGGAAGGCCCAACAGACUCUGCUCUCACAAAAGUGGCACAUCAUACAGGUGGUGGAAACGGAGCCAGGCGUGAUGCGCGCCUGGGUGCUGGCGGGUUCGGAGCUGCAUCAGGUGCGCGUGCUGCUGCCACGUGUCUUCUACGUGAACCAGUUGACGCCGCGCGAUGAAUGCGCAGGCGCACUCUGGCGCAAGUGCAACCGCAUACUGCCGCGUGCACAUCGCGCGCACCACCUCUACCAGUUCGUUGUGCCCGAACUGCUCUACAGGGAGCACAGCGUGGAACUUGCACUCGACCUGUCCAGUCCCGAUAUAGACGGAAUCUAUGAGACUCAAAUGCCAGCCGAGUUCAGAGCACUGCUGGCCCUGGGCUGUCUGUGCAGAGUGGAUCGCAACGAGGCCAGACGGAUCGCCGGCUCUGGUCAACGCGAAAACAACACCUUCACUCUCACUCAGCUGAUCAGCUGUGACCCUGCUGAGUACUCCUACUUGGACAAGGAUGAAAGCACAGUUCGUCACAUCUACAUCUACUACCAGAAAGCUAGAACAGGUCCUCGAGCUCUCAUUGGACUCUUUAUUUCUCCAAGCAAGAAAGCUCUGAUGGUAGCCUUGGACACAGUACGCACCAAUCAGAUGCCAGCCCUCAAUAAUCUGUACAACACCGAAAGAAAUUCCAGAGAGAGCGACGAUGCAGAAAUCGAAGAAUACCCGUCAGAACUGAGGUUCGAUGUGGCGGUGGAAACGAGCGAUCAGGCGGGAUGGCGUCAGGUGCAUAGAGCUCUACAGGCCUAUAGAGACGAAAAGCGGGGACCAACGGUGAUCUUGCUGCAGGCGCACAAAGACUACGAUACUAUCAAUCAGCUGUGCCCAGUUAUGCAGGAGUUCCCAGUUGUCCAGCUACAAACUCAUGACAUGGAGCCCUUCCAAGACGGCUUGGACUGGCAACGAGUGGGUGCCAAGACAGCCAUCAAGCACUUUCUCAACAGCGAGGCCGGCUACAACAUCCUAGUAGAACAAGCUAGGUACUUCCAGAUCCCAGUCGGAAACAUCCCCGAAGACCAGGCGCUGUUUGCCAUUGAUCUGUGUUUCGGUAGACAUCUGAACAAGAACAACUUCGUGACCUGGUGUUCGCCCACUAAACGGCCUGACCUGGGCGGCAGAGAAACAGACGACCAACGUCUCCAAACCGAAGUCCAAGAGAUGGCCAGUCUCGAGAAUAACUCAUCAGGCUGCUACACAAGUGUGUGCAUACAACUUGGCAUUGACAGUUUGGCAGUGAACGCCCUGCUCCAAGCACACCAUAUAACUGAGCUGGAAGGCACAACUUCAACCACGUCGUUUGAUUGCAUGCCUCAGUUGUCCAUUGAGGAAAUGGUGUCUGGUCAGGGACCCAUCCUAUCCAGCUACGACGAGACGGCUCUCACCAGUGCAGCGUUCAGAAUUUUGAGGUCGAUGGUCAACACCUGGGUAAGAGAUGUUUCCAUCAAAAGACACGUGUUCGCCGAUUACCUCCUAAUGAACUUCUACCGAUGGAUUCGAUCUCCCCAAGCCUUUCUUUACGAUCCAGCCUUGCAUAGAACGCUGCAUAAUUUGAUGAAGAAACUUUUCCUGCAACUGGUAGCUGAAUUCAAACGGUUGGGCUCCACAAUCAUCUAUGCCAGUUUCAACAAAAUCAUAUUGUGUACCAAAAAGAAUACAACCACCGACGCUCUGGGUUACAUGGAGUAUGUUGUUGCAAGCAUCAGAAACAAGGAGAUAUUUCAUGGAGUGCAAAUGACUUAUCAGUAUUGUUGGGAGAACCUCAUGUGGUUGGACACAAUGAAUAACGGUGGCAUAAAAGGCACUCUGCCAGAGGGGCUGAGACAAGCGGGGGAGGGACAGUUGCAAGAGCUCAGUCAACUCACUCUCAGUCAAAAUCCAGAUGAUGAAUUGGAGGGUGAAAAUGUAAACAGUGAUGGAGAUCCUGAAGUUGUGAUGACUUGGAAUCUAAUGGAUCAUCUGCCAGAUGUCCUUAGAAAGAUAAAAUCUGAAUUUAUAGCCGUUGUUAUUAGUUAUAUUUGUGCGAUCUAUAAGUUUUUGAAAGAGAAAAGUAAGAGUUCAAAUACGCCGAGAAUGAGAUUGAGUGGCAUCGUAGGUCCAGAUGCGCAAACACAAACACGCGGACUGGGGGUUGGCGCCCACGAAGAAGCUCCCGAAUUCGCCAAGAAUCUGAUCAGUGAACAACUUGCACCCAAACUGUUCAAAAUGACACAGAAACUCAACUCUAGAUACCCUUCCGUAGAAGUAGACGAUGGAAUCGAAAAGAAAACUUUGCGACCAGCCCUUGAAUUCGCCAAAGCUAUCUGCAAAGUGUUGUACCUGGAUAAAAGUGUCAACUUGGAAGUGGAAAAGCUUCAGGCGAAUCUGUUCUGGCUGUUGAAAGUGGGCGAAUUCAGCGAGCAAGGCCAGUGGCAGGAGUUUUUCCCAUCGUGUGUGUUGACCGAAGUGAUAUGUCGCACAUGCAACGACUGUCGUGACAUCGACCUGAACAGGGACCUGCACAAGUCGGUGAUCGAAGACAAGGUCAUGUGGCUGUGUCCCUCUUGUGAGUCGCCCUACGACAACACUGAACUCGAAUCGCUCCUGUUGGACAUAGUACAGAGAAAGCUGAUGGCCUACAUCAUGCAGGACUUCCAGUGCAAGAAAUGCCACCAAGUCAAAGACAACUACAUGAAGGAUUCCUGCUCGUGUGCAGGCGAGUUCCACACUGUAGUUCAGAGUGACAAAAUUUUCAAACAUUUGAAAACUUUCCGCAAUAUUGCUCAUAAUUCUCAAAUGGACGUUUUGGAAGAAGCAAUCAAUUGGAUUUUAGACCAGCAAAAUUCUGUUUAAAUAUUCGUGGUGCGUAUGUAAAUUCAAUAAUAAUCAAUCGUGUACAUUCAAGUAUUCAGGUAUUGUGAUAUUUCUGUUCAACAAUUGAGAUUUAAAUGACAUCAGAUGUAGUUUUAACUUAUCAAUAAGAUUUUUUACACUUGACAAAAGUUUGAAGUAGUUUUUUAUAAACUUAUGACAAUAAUUUUCAGAUUACUAUACAAGGUCUUGUUUAAAUUUCAAUAGAAUUUUCUUUCAUUGGCUGGACAUGCUUUUUACAAUUUAUUAUUGACAUGUUUUCACAUUUCAUACUUAAAUAAUCGAGUAGAAUUCUAUUACUAUUAUUUAUUCGAAUAAUCCCUGUCAAUAUAAUAAUCACUGUGAAAGUCUGUCAAUAGGGAACAACAAAUAUGUGGACACAUCAAAUGUGAAGUGAUAUCUCAACUUAAACUACCAAGACCAGUAAAAUCUUGAUAAUAAGACUGUAUAUGUAACCCAACAAUAUAAUAGUAAGUGUAGUUUAAAAUAAGUUUUGUAAUUAUAAAAUAAAAUAAAUAUACAACUGCUAU